CCCUCUUUUCCCCAGUUCCUCACCACACCGCCGUCGUUCGUCGAUUCGCCGGCGAACUUGGUUCAAUCCCAGCAGCAAAUCGAGAGAUUUGCGCUGGCUUGACCGUCCACUCCUUUCUACAACCCUUGGAUUCUCUGGAAACAGCGCGUUUAGCUACCUAAUUCGGUCUCUGCUGCUGUCUCCAGGUCAUUUGCAGCCGCCCGGACAUUGUUUUCCCAAUGAUCCCAGACUGCAACUGUUUUUAAUCGUUUAAUUCUCACGAUCGGCUGAGCCACGACAACUUUUCCGACCUGGCCCCGGACCACAGACUGCAAAAGUCUUCGCGCCAGGGGACCUUUAUACUCAGCAUUCCCAUGUCACCCGCGUUGAGUUGAGUUGCCAAUCGAUUCUGGUGCCGCGGAGCGGCUUGGAAAGAUGGCAGCCACCGCCGGGCCCGACAUGAUGAUCGAACCCCCCUCGCCCGACUGUCUCGAGCAAGGAGCAGCGCUUCAGCUUCCAGGCACACCUGGCAUGAGCGAUCUAGCCGCUCCGCGUACCCGUCCUGCUGGUUCCCAGGCGUCCCCCCGAUCGAACCCGCCGCCUCCGAACCCUCCGUUUGUUUUCCCCGCCCGGCCCUCGUCUUCCUCGGCGCCCUCUUCCUUCUCCCGGGCGACCGGUAGACGACCGCGAUCUGCCAUAGAAGUUUCGCAAUCUGGCGCUGAGGAUGGGAAGGGCCCUUCCCGGUCGCCAGCUCUCCCGGCUUUCUCGUUCAACCCGGCAGCUUCCCUGCCGCCGACUCCGGGAUUUGAUAAUGUGUUUCUGAGCCCGCAGCAGUCACCCUCUGCCCCAAACUCUCCACGGUUAGCUCCGAAUCGACCGGCAGGCCUUGGACACCGUAGGGGUGGCAGCGAGUUCGUUGGAGGAAGCAUCCGCGACGGUGAGGCAAUCACCGUCACGAAUGUCAGCCCGACGAAGUCGGAGAGUGGCAUGGGUUCGCCGUUGCUCCAGCCGACGACACCGCGCAGAGGGCACGCUCAUCGUCGGUCUGCUGCCAUUUCCAGCCAUGACCUAUCAUCCAUCAUCGUGCCACAUUCCAAUUCUGGCCCGAAGGGAAGCACUACCCCUGCUAGCCCUGCGGUUUCUGAGCGACACUCUGUACCGGGCAUCCCGGGUCCGGGCAAGCCCACUGGGACAGGGAGCGAAAUGCCGUCGCCAGCCCCGGAACCUCUCGCUAGUAGAUCCAUCGAUCCGUCGCCAACUGUCGUGCCACCGGAACAGACUCCCAAGGGGGCGGUGCGAAACCGGGUUGGGUUUUCUGACACUCUGGAGUACAUUCCAAGACCGCUGUCCUUGGUCUCUACCGACACGUCCAGCACCGCUACCGUACGACCCGGCCACUCCGUAUCUGGCAGCAUUUCGUCCGUUAUCUCGCUUUCAAAUGUUGAUCGGGGUCCCACCUCGACGCCGAGGCCGAUCGACAGCCGACCCAGCACCGCAGGUGCUGUCAUGGAACGGACCCAAAGUGCCCAGGAAGAUGAGCCGGCUCUUCGCUCCCCGAGGAGACGAGGAUCGAUUCCUCUCCUGGGCUCACUGCCCCCGGCCAUUCCGCUCAACCCGGCCACGCCGAGUCCCACGAGGUCUGCCAAGAAGUGGGCGUUCUUCAGCUUGGAUCCGUUUGUGUCAAGUUCGCCGACCCGAUCUCAUCCCGAAAGCCCGCUCUCUGCCAUUUCGCGGUCCUGCGUGGCAGAACGCCGCUCGACCGAACGAGACAAUUGCACAGGCGCGCAAGAGCCCACGGAGAGCUCAGAUGCGCCGAAGCCUGCCGCCAAGAAGAGGGGCAAGAAGCAAAAGAAGGUGAAGACGUGGGCCGGGUCCAUCCUGUCCCGCAAAGGCAAGCACCGUCAUGGCAAGCACAAACGACGAGCUCCGACACCGCCGCCCCCGCGUCAUUUUGAGCUGGUUAAGGACGGCGACGAUGGUGAGACGAUGCAUAUGUCUCUGGAACCGGAGCCUCCGGCACCCACCUUUGCUGCCACUCAGUCUUCUGGGAAUGGAGACUGGGAGACGUGGACGUUCCCGAAACCCGUCGCCGUUCCGGAUGAAGAUGCCUCCUACCCGAUGAUUGAUCUGGACGCCGCUUUGGGUCCUUUCAACACUCCUUUGCCGCGCAAUCCCGAAUGGGAAGCUGCGCAGAGGGCUGGCGGCCUCGUCAAGAAGCAACUGCACAGUGCUGCAGGGAUGAGUCGGUUCUCUGGUCCCGGCAUGCACUACUAUCAUCGGCGCGCGGAGAGCGCACCGGAGCUGGUACCCUUUGAGGGAGGGCGCUUUGGAUUCCGGCGAUUCGGGAGCAGCUCGACAAUGGCCGAUGUGUUUGAGGAAGAUGAGGAGGAAGAAGAGGAGUCGGCCGGCUCUUCGAACGGCCCCUCGACGCCUGCGGUUGGCACGUCGGUCGCGGAGAAGUCCGAAGCCGCAACACACUCCGAGGUCGAGCCACGAAAGGCCUGCCAAGACCAUGGCCCCACUGGCAGUUCCACGUCGUCGCUGGCAGAAGCGGUUCAGCGGAAGCCCUGUGAAGCUGGCGAGGUUUCAAGCUCAGCGAGAUCGGCAUCCGAGCAGCCCGGCUGCUUGGCUUGUGACGAUACGGUUCUCACUGAACCCGUUCCGCCAUUCUUGGCCGAAGAAUCGCUCCCGGGCGACGCGAAUUCCGGAUCGGCGACUCCUUCUCCGCGCCAUGUUUCCAGGCCGAAGGACUUGGCUCCUGUCGAGCUCAGCCCGCUCAACCUCCCGACGGCGUCUCUGGGACCCGUCAGCCCUUGGUCGAUGACCCAAUCCUCUGCUUUUCCCUCUCCGAGGUCUCCGAUGUCGUAUGAUGCGCAGUGUAUCUCAACGGCGCCGUCCUCUGUCGCGGAGGAUAAUUUCCAGUCGCUGCUGUUGGGAGAACCUGGCCCGGAAGUGCGGAUCUCGGUCGACGAUGUUCCGUCUCUGACCAGUAGCAACUCGACCAUGACCCGAGAAAGCCUUUUCGCGCAGCUCCCACAGGCAAGACAUCCCCCGUUGGGCGAGCAUCCGAGGCCGGCGUCGUUUACCUCGACAGCCUUCGGACGACGGCGUUCAAGCCUGGCAAGCCUGAGCCGGCUGGUCAACAGCUCACACGGGGAGAGGAGCAAGCUGUCGAUCGAAGUCCCAAUGGACAGCGAGCCGGACAAGAAGGCUAAGUCCAGCAAGACGAAGCGACUGAGCCGGAUGAUGCAGUUCUGGAAGUCCAAAGAGACUAACAAGGCAUGAGAAGCGGGCAUGGAAUCGAGAGGACCCAGAUGCCAUCCAUCGCGAGCACGGCAGCCCCGAGUCAGGGUAGAUUCAUAUCAUGAGGGAUGGCACCACUUGCUGGCGUUUGCUUUACGGAGACGUACCUGUAGGAUUAUGGGAGGGGCGGUGGGUUCUAAUGUUGAAGGCUUUUUGGCGUUUUUGACGGCAGCAUGAAGAGCAAGAGCUCCAGGAGGUCAGGGACAGACGUCUCACCUGCCGGAGCAUGCUUCAGUAUUUUCGGGGGCAGCGGGGAGACAACUACGACGGAGACGGGACGUAUGAUUCACAGGUGGCAAUGAUUCUCAUUCUCUGGACAUUCUCAGUGUAUGUAGGCUGUGUCGUUGCCUGCGGGAGAGGGGCUUUAUCCCCAAGCAAUAACAACUCGAGGUCGACACCACUUAAGUAUGCAAACACCGUAGUGAGGCA